AUGUCCGACGAUACUUAUCUGCGACCGCCACGACCAAACUUUGUCAAUCCAGAUCAUGUCAUACCACUCUCACCUCCUCCUCGUCCUCCCUUCGCUCGCUACCACACAGCUUCAACACUUCCGUCUACUCCACAUACACCAUUCCCUCCAUCAGAAAAGACACCCCCUCCGCCUCCGCCGUCCGAGUCGACAGGUCUUACUCCUUUUCUCGGUCUCUCGCCUCGUCUAAUCCUUGCCACACUAUCACCUGCUUUGCUCCCUCUCAUCCUCACCAUCGCCCACCUGAUCCAGACUCGCUCUUCGACGGCAUCCCUUGCAGCUUCAUUGAAAUCGUCGAUACUCUCCGCUUGCGAUGGAUUGGCACAAGGGGCAGCAAGUAUCCAGAUGUUACCUCGAUAUCUCGCGAUGCAGACGAAUGAUGAGGUGGUUCGAGCUACCCAGGCGAGCAUCCUAGCGAUAGGUGCAGGGCUGAUUGACUGUGUGACUAUCAUCGAGACUGUGGUGGGCUUCAUCGUGGAUACGUACAGAAGCAUGUUGCUCUGUACCAUUCAGCUUGCCAUACAGGGGACAUUGGAGGUGGUCAUCGGCGCGGUACAAGUGAUAUCUGAUAAUAUCACUUCAACGAUGAACAGCGUCCGAACAGGCAUCCAGAAUGAUAUAGCCUCAGCAAACUCUGCCAUACAAACAGCCGUCACCAAACUGAACUCUGUCUCCUCGUAUCUCGGUGUCACCAUUUCCGUUCCCGAAUUCUCCAUACCCUCCUUAUCUGCUCUGGAAAAUGUGACCAUCCCUACAUCUUUCGAAGAUUCAUUGAUCAAACUCAACUCCUCCAUCCCCUCUCUCGAUACACUCCGGGACAAAAUGACCGCUUUGCUCGACACACCUUUCGAAGCUUUAAAGACAUCUAUCAACGCAUCACGGAUCGAGAUGGCUGCAUCGUUCAACUCUUCCAUCCUUCCCGUUCCCUCAUUACAAUCUUUGUCAGCACAAGACUCCAAAAGUCUCAGCGACUCGUUAUGCAAUGGACUGGACACGAGCCUUAUUGACGAUACCGCCAAUGCGUUGCAUAAGCUCAGUAGUGUAGCUAUAGGACUCAUGUUCCUUCUGCUUUUCCUGGCCUGGGCGGCUCUAUGCGUGUGGGAAUGGCACAGGUGGAAAGUGAUGAAGGACACAGUGGACGCUGUUCAGCAGCAGUGGGACAGAGGUCAAAGGAAUGCUUGGAGGAUGGUGGCUGUUGUUGAGCAUCCUGUUUUGGAUAAAUAUUCGUCUAGAGUAUUGGACAGAUUCUUCCAUACGGAGCGAACGAAGAAUAAUCUCAGGUGGUUCGCAUCUUACCUCGCCCAUCCGACGAAUUUAACUCUCUUGUUCAUCUCUCUUCUUGGACUCAUCGCAUUGUCUUUCCAGCUGCUAGCCUUGGACGCAAUCAAGACCCACGCUCAGGAAAAUGCCAACGCGACCGUCACAGCUUCCACAAAUGCUCUGAUCACGAAGCUCAACGCAGCCGCACAGAACUCGAGUUUGGGCUACGCCAAUCAAUUCAACACCGCUGUUAAUGUGUAUGAGGCUCGGAUCAAUGAAGAGUUAUUCGGCAGCUGGAUCAAUACGACUGCUGUGACUUUAAACAGCACCUUGGUGGAGUUUUACAAUGAGAUCGAGUCGAUUCUCAACUCCACUUUUGGAGGCACAAUCUUAUACAACCCCAUCAACACCUUCGUCUAUUGUAUUCUAGGAUCUAAAAUCACUAACCUCGAACAAGGUCUUACCUGGGUUUCUCAACAUGCUCAAGUGGUCCUCCCGACCCUUCCCACCAACGUCCUGAUGGUUUCCAACAGCAGCAUGAACGAACUGGUCUCUCCUAUCACCUCCGCCGCAGUGGGAUCCUCUUCUCCUAGUUCAUCGAAUUCUUCCAAUACCGGAGCUGUCGGCAGUCUCAUCGAUCACUUCGAAUCAGCCUUACGAGUCGAACGUAAUUUCUACGCCAUCCUAUUGGGGGUUUAUGUCGCUCUAUUCCUAAUCGGUCUCUUUGUCGUUUUGUGGCAUUCUGGAUUACAAGAUCGUUAUGCUUCUUGGAGAGGAAAAGAACAGACUUCGGAAGUGAACAAAAGUCAAUGGCGUUGGACGGGAGGUAAUCCAAUAGCUGAACAAUAUAACGAAGAUAAGAUAUUUAGAGGAAAUACACCACCUAUACCUCAAAUCAUGGAGAUUGAUCCAUCUGGAUCUAGAAGACCUGCACAAGGACGUAAAACGACAUUUGGCUCUAUAACUUCUUUAGCUGCUCCUGGUCAAGCUUUUCUCAAAAUGACAGGAUGGCGUAAUUCUUCAAAUAUACCUAGAGAGUUUAACGAUGAUAAAAUACGUUUACAACAUGGUAGUAGUGAAAUAUAUAAUUCAUCAUCAAACCCUAUUCAAACAAGUAAUAUGAUGAGACAAGAUGAUUUGGAAUCACCUCCACCAUUUUGGGUAAACAAAUUUUAUCGAGCUGUAGAAACUGCUAAAAGUAUGUUUCCAACAAGGGGUAUGAAACAUGGAGCAGCUUUGGAUCGUAAUGUUAGUCAAAGAACUGAGAGAUCAUUCGGUAUUAAUCCUGUAACUCCUCGAGAGCAUCAUGAUUAUCAAGGAAAUGGAGAAGAAGGAGUAGGAGAAGGAGAAGGUCCAUUUGCAGAUGAAGAAUAUGGUAGAUGGAGUAUGAUUGAUCCUAUAUCAAUAAGAAAGAUAGAAUCGGAAACUUCUUCUGGUAAUCAUUCCGAUUCUAGAUAUCCUUUAGAUGCUCGACCAAAUCUUUCAAAUCCAUUCAUUUCAUCAAAUCCUCAAUCUCUCCAACAACAACAACAACAGAAUACAAAAUCAAAAUCAGUAUAUCCUCGACCAAUGUCAAGAGCUCCAACUUUAUACGAAGGUAUGUCAAUACCACGUACGAUAAUACCUGGUGCAUACGAUUUACCACCAUUACCAGAAAAAGAUGUUCCAAAUUUUUCCAUUACUCAACAUUCUCAAUCCAGAUACGACCAACCCAGAACGGAGACUGUGGUAUCACCAACUUCGAGUGAUAAAAGUUGGUUUUCAGAACCUACUGUCGAAAAUGCUAGUAGGGUACAAACUGGUACUGCGGCAUUAGCAGCUGUUUUUGCUGGUUUACAAAGACGUCAAGCUGAUAAAGAACGAGAAGGGGUAAGGGAAGAAAGAGGGAAUCCUUUUGUUACACCAUUUGAUUGA